AUGGCGCCACAAGAUUCAUUCAUAGAAGAUGAGGAGGAUACCUGCCCUCUCUGCAUCGAAGAGUUUGAUCUUUCGGAUAGGAAUUUCAGACCUUGUCCUUGUGGAUACCAGGUGUGCCAGUUUUGCUUCAACAACAUCAAGAAUAAUAUGAACGGCCUUUGCCCUGCUUGCCGACGACCUUACGACGAAAAAACCAUACAGUGGAAAGUUGUUACGCAAGAAGAAGUCGCCGAGUUUCGGGCCAAUAUUCAAAAGAACCAAAAGAAGCGAGCUCUAGAUCAACGACAAAAAGAACUACAGAAACGCGAAGCCGAAAAGGAGAACCGUAAGAAUCUGAUCGGCGUUCGUGUUGUCCAAAAGAACUUGGUCUAUAUCACGGGUCUUGCACCGACAGUUCGAGAGGAUGAACUUCUCAAGACGCUACGAAAGCCCGAGUUCUUCGGCCAGUACGGAAACAUCCAAAAGAUAUCCAUUAGUAACCGAAAGAGCUCUGAUGGCCAACAUCAGUCGCUUGGCAUUUACGUGACCUUCGAACGUCCGGAAGAAGCGACGCGGUGCAUCCAAGCUGUGCACGGAUCCCACAACGGUGAUCGAGUCCUGAAGGCGCAGCACGGCACGACGAAAUACUGUUCAGCUUGGUUAAAGAAUGAAAAAUGCGGCAAUCCUGGUUGCAUGUUCUUGCAUGAACAAGGCGAUGAGGAGGACAGUUACUCACGACAAGAUUUGUCCUCUAUGAACAGUAUAGGGUCUCAACGGCCUCUCCCCGGAGGCAGUUCGCGGUCGGCUUCCCGACAACAGAUAUCUCAUCCUACGCCGCCCCCCGUUGUAUCCCAUCCGAUGACGCGCUCCAUUAGUAAAGAGGGUUCUGAGAACGGUACCGAUGGAUCAGCUCUACCUUCCUCAGCCAACUGGGCCCGUAAUCCACAGCGAAGUCGCAGAGGCAGUCUUGCUACUAGUGGUGCUGCUUCCAGCCCUGCUAUUUCAACAGCCCAGCCUGUCACCGCAGAGCCUGUACCAGAAGAAGCAGUCGAGGAGGAAGACGAGGAUGAGUUGGAGGAAGAGGAACCUCAGCAAUCGGAGCUAGUUGCUGGACCGUCAUCAUCUAGGACCCGGGAGCCUGAAUCACCCGCACAAGCUCAAGAGUCACCUGAUACAUGGCUUAAGGAGAUUUACAAGACCUUGCAAAGUUGUCCCAUGCCUAUCUUUCCUGACUUUGACGAAGACCAAUACCCACCUAUGUUCGAUCCUCGUGGUGGUGAGAAGCGCCGGGCUAUGCGAGAAGAGGAGGAUUCACGUUUGACCGGAGAACAGGAAGAGCAACCCGAGGUUCAUGAGCCAUCAGAAGGAGAACCUGAGACCGGUGGCAGCCUUGCUCUUGGAGGAGAGCCUGAGGACCGUGACACUUCUAGUGACAACCGAGGUUUUGAUCGCCGACCUAGUACUCAGCCUCCUAUUCAGCGACUUUCUACUGACGGCCUCUUUGGACCUUCUCUCACCGGCGCUUCACCCUUUGGCCAGAGCUCGGCGAACCCUGGUUCGCGGUCUAUGACGCCGCAGCAGCUGUAUCUUCGAUCUCAGGGCGGAUUUGGCGAUGCCCCCCCUGGUAUAACCAGCCAAAGCAAUGCUUUCCAGAAUCAGGGUCAAAGCCAAGGUCAAGGCCACAACCGUCAGUCCUCUCGAUUCAGCUUCGCCAACGACAACGCGAGCUCUUCUACCAACGUUAAGGUCGCAGCCAACCCGCGUAUCAUGGCCCAGCAAUCCUCUAUGAUGCCCAACACGUUUCCGUCGCAGAGCAGCAAUCAGUUUUACGGUGCCUCCAUGCCCGGGCCUCCUCCUGGUCUUAAGUCAACCGGCACUCCCCCUAGCAUGUUCGGUCAGUUUGGUGGACAGGGCUUUGGCGCCCCCAAGGACAAUUCGAGUGAGCUUCUUCAGAGUUUAAUCGGCCGCGGUCGGGCUGGUAACAACCAGUCCCACGACGCGGGAAAGCGUGAGUUUAUGAUUCCUUCUUAUUCAAACCAGUACCCACCAUCCUCUACCUCCACCCCAGCUCCUUCUUCCGGGCUCCUGCCGCCUCUCUAUGGUAAUACACCUGGAGGGUACCAAGACAUGGGCUCUAAGCAGAAGAAGAAGGGAAAGAAGCACAGACAUGCUAACACUUCCUCCUCCGGGGGGAGUGGCUUAGUAGAUCUUGCAGACCCGAGUAUCUUGCAGGCGCGAAUGCAGCACCAGUCUCAAGGCAGCGCCGGAGUCGGACAGGGCUUGUUUGGCGGUCAGAGUCAAGAUGAUGAGCUCCCAUCCCUGGACGAGGCUACGAAUUCUGUCGACGCUCUAGUUUCUGACGACCCUAUACUGCCGCCAAUUGGUUUGGAAGGUCGCACAUCUGUGCCCCCGGGCUUGUCGUUACCCCCAGGACUACCAGGCAACAUAUCGAGACCUCCAUCUGCUCAAGGUCAUGCAAAACUCACCAAUAUUGUGCCAGCGUUGCCUAGAAUGCCACCCCCUGGACUCUCACAAGGUUCUUUAACGCCUGACCAGUCGCCUGCAAAGCUAAAGCCAGCGACACCUGUCUCGGAAGCAAAGAAGAACAUCAAGUCUCUGGCGGCCGAAAGCGGACUCUCGCGGGAAAUCACGACACAAUCGCAACCGAAGCUUACAAAGGCAAGUUUCUUACAGGAUGAGGACUUUCCGGCUUUGGAUGCAUCGAAGAACAAGAGUCGACCCGCAACGCCCACACCCAAGGCUACACCAAAGGCCAAACGCCAUGCUGAGAGGAUUGUGGACAGAAUGAUGGCCAAGGCUGGAGCCAACCUAGAGAGCACGGCUCAGGAAACCAAAGCGGAGGAGGCCAAGGUUCAAGAGACCAAAGCUCAAGAAGUCAAGGCUAAGGAGACCAAGGCCCAGGAAGCGAAACCUGUAUCAUUGUCCCAGGCAGCAGACAAGAAGCCCAUUGCUGUCAACACUCAGGUUGGAAAGAAUGUGGCUGUGAAGACCAGUGAACUAUCUGCGACAACUGAGAAGUCAACAACAGAGACCUCAGCAGCCUUUCCUCCCUUGCCUACACCCUCGUCUGCCGCAAUUGCAUCCCCUGUCACACGCACAGCACCAAAGACAUUGCGCGUCAUUGCAACUCCCAAGGCUGAGGCACCUCCUCCUGCUUCUCCUGCCUUGACCAUGGCAUCGGUUGCGUUGUCAGGCACUUCUAGGGCUGUUUCCGGUAGUUACAGGCCAGAUACACCUGCCAGCGAGAUGAUUAGUGACAACGCCUCGGUGGUGUCUGCCUCUGUGACCCAUUCUCGGGCAAGCUCGCCACCCCCCAGCAGGAUUGGGUCUGCUGCGGUAAGAACCACAACCAAGAGUCAACAGCGAAAGCAACGAAAAGAUGUUUUGAAGCAAGAAACAAAGUUGAUCGCUGAGGCUCCCAUUGCAGAGGCAGAGGUACAUGCUCCUAUCAUGGGACGGAAGAAGAAACAGAAGAAGGAAAAGCCUGUUAAGGCGGCCCAGCCUGAUGCUUCUACUACCCCCGAGACUCCCGCAGACGAGCCAUCCCAGCCACCGUCUCAACAAGAGCCUGUCAAGGAGUCCGAAAGAGAGCCAGAAGAGAAGCCUGUCAAGAGCAAGACUUCUCAAAAGAAGUCAAUCAAAUCCAAGGGCAAAACAAAGGAGGUUGAGACUCAACCUUCUCCUCCUCCAGCGUCUCCUAAGGAGUCUACCCCUGAUGCCCAAGAGCCACCUGCAAGACCACAGCCUGAUCCAGCGUCGGUUUUUUCCGAGAUUAAGAACACCCUCUGGGCUUCAAGUGUCGAUAAACUCCAGCUGUUUAAGCCCAUCGCCAACGGCUCAUCUCGCACCGAUUACAGUGCUGCUAAGAACAACGCCAAUAAGGCUGAGCAUUGCAAAGACUGCUCUUGCAAAUGUGGAGAAAUUCAAGAUGAGGAUCUUGCAGCGCUGCGCGCAGGAAAGCCUGUCCGAAAGCAAUUCCACGUCGAUGGCAGCCGCAUGCUCAUUACCCCCAAUGGUGACUGCAUACGUGGCCUGACCCCUGAGGAAGAGGACGCCUUUCUAGAACUUCAAGCUGCCAUUGCCAACACGGCAGAGAACCCCGGAUCGUUCAUUGCCCCUAGACAUCAGCCUGGCAGUGGAGCAUUCUCUCUCAUCAAGGGCCGGGCUGUUCCCAAUGGACGUCCCAACAUCUUCCCCGCCACUGCCCAGCUCCAGUCUCAAGACCCCAUCGGAAAGCUUCAGCGAGAGGACGCGCUUAGCUACAUCAACCAAUACGUUCUCCCUCGCCUCAACCUAGGUGCUACGAACAUGGGAUUUCCCAAGGGAGCAUCCCCUACUAAGGAUGCUGCUGCUGCGAGUCUCAACUCUCUCGCACCCUACUUCUAUGGCCCCGAUGCCGCUGCCGGUGUGGGUAUUUACAGCCCCCCUGAUGGAGCACGGGCGAUGCAGGACUUCAGCUCAGCCGGAAUGUCGAGUGAAGAGCGUGGAAAGAACUUCGGCAUGGGUGUCGGUGGUAUGCCCUUGAUGAGCGUCGAAGAUGCAGAGGGCGCCCUUGCGGCUGCUCGACGAGAGACUGAGAAGUUGGAAAAGGGAUUGAACCAGGUAAUCAAGCGCAACAGACGACUUGUUCUUGGAGGAAACAACUAA